ACUCUCUGCUGGUCAUUUCACACUCAGGGGUUGAAGUUUCAACACGACAUCUGAAGCUUCAGCUUUGAUUCUCGCUGUGGUUCUUUACUUUUUCACAACUUUGUGUCUUUCGUCAGAGCGGAGGAGCAGCGAUCAGCGAUGGGACAACUUAGUGCAGUGAUUUCCGGUUUGUUGCUGAGUGUCGGAGCGGUAACGGCCCAGAGAGCCCAGACUCAGAUUGAUGAGCGUUUGCUGCCUCAGUGGCUCACCGGCCUCAUCGCCGUCGCAGCCUUCCUCUUCCUCACCUUCGUCGGCUUCCUGGUGAAGAAGGCCUGGUGUGAGAAGCCCAGCAGGAGGAAGACCACUGUGGAGUUGGUGAAAGAAAAUGAAUUUGUCGUGACCAACGAAAACACCUACGAGACCAGUCUGGACAUGGUCAGGAGCAAAGACGAUACGAACACUUACGACAACCUGGUGAUCGACUACACUGACGACAAAGUUACCGCCAUGUGACCGUCCUGCACUGAUCCUAUGAUCCUAUUGGCUGUCUCAAUGGCGUCCUCACCAACUCUGGACGGAGACACACAAAACACACACAAUUCUUUUUUUAUAGAAAACAAAAACACAUUUAAUGUUGUCUUUGUUUUGUUGUACCUGUUGUCCCCAGCGGGUGGAGCUUAGAGUGAUGAACUUCAGUUAUCAUCCAUGUUGAAUUUACUGAAAUAUUUCUGACUGCUUGAUUUGUUUAAUUUUCAUUGUACCUUCAUAUCCUAUCAUUUAUCAGAAAUUGUGAGAUUAUUAGUAUUUGUUUAUUAGAUCUGAGGCUUUAAGUAGAUCAAUAUAUUAUGUACUGUGUUUGCAUGUUUUUCAGUCACCUCUUCAGAGCAGUAAACAGGGAAAAGCA